AGCGAUGGAUACGUAGAAUUUUAAAUUGAUAGAUCGUUAAAUUUAAUAAUUUAAAUCGAAAAUGAAUGUGGCAAAUCGAAAAUUACCCCUAUUUAAAAGCCAUCAAAAGCGAAUUUACCACGGGCAAGCCAAAUUAAACCUAAUACAUUAAAUAAUCAUCAUGCAAGAACUGGGUGAAAUUAAAUUGAUUCAACGCAAAAGUAAACGAGCAGGAAAUGUUGUAAUACAAGGAAAUUGAUAAAAAAAGAAUCUUUGCGGUUAACAUCCCGAGUAAUUUAGUAUAAAACACACAGUCUUUUAAUCAAGUAAACUUUUUUAAAUCAUGAAUUCGUUAAAUAAUUCACCACAAGGGACGGUUUCAUCCCCAACGAUGAAAACUUCCCUUUUUAAACGUUUAAUAAGUACCGAAUCUUCGUCUUCGAGAGAUUCUUAUAAGUUGUAUUAUCAUUCGUACGAAGCUUAUAGUUUUUGUGGGAAAGAAAUUUUGUUGAAGUUAUCUCAAGUGAUAAUCUGUUUAAUUUGCUCGUGUCUAUACUCUUCAAUUUCGACUUCAGAAAAAUCACAGGUUCGAAUGAUUUUUCCAAUAAUCGCUUACGUUUCGUUUCUAAUAAUAUCAGGAAUAAUUUGUUUGGGUUACAUUUUUGGCGUACACAUGCACGAUUUACUUCAACGAGCUUUCAAUAUGAUUGGAGCAAUAAUUUUUUUCACCGCUUCCUGUAUCCUGUUUCAAAACUGUUUUGUCACAAUCGUCCAUCAACGUAAUGGGGACAAGGUUAUGUCGAGCGAUGGAAAAAUUAUUUUCGCCCAAGCAACUUUAAGCGGGAUUAAUUUUAUUUUGUAUUUAAUCGAUUGCGUGCUUAGUGUUAAAAGAUCGUUAAAGGAUUAAUUAAAAAAUUGGAGCAAAAUA